AUGCUGAAGAGUUUAAGUUGUCUCAUUCACCAAAGAGUCGAAAACUUCGGCCCUCUCAUGCCCAGUCCUACUCCUAACAAUACCAAAAGUACUUCGUAUUCUACAAAACCAACUCCUUACUGUGAUCGAAUUCACAGUGCUGAUAUUUUUGCAUGGAAUCACCAUAAUGGGUUUGAAGUUGGACAGAAGAACUGGGCAACCCCUUCAAAUUGCAGUACAAUUUCAGAGGACUCUGAAUCAAUACACAGAGCAGUGGUAGCUGAAAGUAGACCAGAUGGGUGGCUUAAAAUUGAGGAGAGAGAAUUGCAGCAGAAUGCAAUUACUGCAUCAAAGAAUGCAAUGCGGCAGAUGACAAACUCAAGCUCUAUGUCUAUGUCUAUGUCUAUGUCCCCCACCACCAAACUCAUCAUGAAGGACAUAACCACAACUGAACAAGAAGAUCUGGUAACAACAGACCCAAAGCUGAGAAGCACUCAAAAUCUACGCCUAUUAGAAGAUAUGACAAUGGUUGAAGAUGAUGAAACUAGAGGGUUUCAAACACGUCAGCUCUUUCCAAUGAAAAGUGAUGAUGAUUGUGGUGCCCUUAAGGGUGACAAAAAUGAUAUUGUUGAAGAACCCAUUACUGCUACCAUAGCCAUUGGAACACACUUCAAGCCAAACAAGUUUUUUGAGUUACUGUGA